UCGUGGUCUCUUCCGACGCCGCUGCCCUUGCAGGUCCGCCGGUUGCUGCUGCGCGCAGGUCCCCGUCGUCGGCGCCGCCUUCCCCUCGCCGGCGUUGCUCCCAGGCCGGGCCCGCUGCGGGGCCAUGGGCGAGCAACGGGAGCGCCCUGCGUCGUGCGGCGCUGCUAGGCCGCAGGGGGACGAGAGAUUGUUGCCGUCUUCAGGUGAGACUGAGGAUGGUUUAAAAGCGGGCGAAGAGCCUCUUUUAAGGAAAAACCCUCGCCGGUUUGUCAUCUUCCCCAUCCAGUAUCCAGACAUUUGGAAAAUGUACAAGCAGGCACAAGCUUCCUUCUGGACAGCAGAAGAGGUUGACUUAUCAAAGGAUCUUCCUCACUGGAACAAACUGAAACCUGAAGAAAAAUACUUUAUUUCACAUAUCCUGGCUUUUUUUGCAGCCAGCGAUGGAAUUGUGAACGAAAACCUGGUGGAACGUUUUAGUCAGGAAGUGCAGAUCCCAGAAGCUCGCUGUUUCUAUGGCUUCCAGAUACUAAUAGAAAAUGUUCACUCAGAGAUGUACAGUUUAUUAAUAGACACUUACAUCAAGGAUCCUGAGAAAAGGGACUUCUUAUUUAAUGCUAUUGAAACAAUGCCGUGCGUCAAGAGGAAAGCUGACUGGGCACUGAGGUGGAUAAGAGACACGGAAGCCACUUUUGGCGAGAGAGUGGUUGCUUUUGCUGCCGUCGAAGGGAUCUUCUUCUCUGGUUCUUUUGCGGCUAUAUUUUGGCUCAAGAAAAGAGGACUGAUGCCAGGCCUCACUUUCUCCAAUGAACUCAUUAGCCGAGAUGAAGGACUCCAUUGCAACUUUGCCUGCCUAAUGUUUCAGUACUUAGUGAAUAAACCUUCAGAAGAAAGAGUCAGAGAGAUUGUUGUCAAUGCAGUUGAAAUUGAACAGGAGUUUUUGACAGAGGCCUUGCCAGUUGGCUUAAUUGGAAUGAAUUGCACUCUGAUGAAACAAUAUAUUGAGUUUGUAGCAGAUCGGUUACUUCUGGAACUGGGCUUCUCCAAGGUCUUUCAAGCAGAAAACCCUUUUGACUUCAUGGAGAACAUCUCGCUGGAAGGGAAAACCAAUUUCUUUGAAAAGAGGGUUUCGGAGUAUCAGCGUUUUGCAGUUAUGGCUGACACCAACGAUAACGUUUUUACUCUGGAUGCUGACUUCUAGGAUUGCCUUCUUCAGAAGACGAGUGCUGCAAAAAAUGUUCACGCGCCACUUACCUGCUUGAAAAGCUGCUAUUUCUUCUACUGGAAGUAGAGGGUUCUGGGAACAUUUUCCCAUGUUUCCGCACAUGAUGAAGUUUUUUAUAUGACAUAUUUAUUGCAGUUGGUGAUGUAAAUGACUGCGUGUGUGUGGGGGGGUCCUCUUUACCAAAAGUCCCUUUGAUAGUUCAUGCAACUUUUCUACUUAACCGUUUUUGAGUAAUACAAUUGUGGCAUUUGUGCAAGCCUCAAUUUGCUGUUUUAUGUAGAGCAGUAAGGCUGCAGUCCUCAAGAUGGCCCGAGCCACCUUAGGAUGCUGGGUAAGUGCUGCUCAGUGGGUGGAGAGGAGUUCCACUGGCAAAACAGUUCUUACACUCCCAGUGCACCCCUAAAAUUCUCCGUUAGUGGACACGUAGUGUUGAAGAUGUGUUGCGGUAGGGCUUGAAACGGGGUGGAUUGCAGCAGGCCUUCGGAUCUGCAGGAUCGAAUGGCCCCACAGAAGGCGUCCUGGAAUAGACAUAGUGAUUCUCUCCCCGCCCCCCCCCCAUUGAUGUUAAUGGGGAGGGAAAAGGAAAGAGAAUGGUGCCUCUCCCACUUCCCUCCCCUUCUGGCUAGAGCAAGCAACAGGGGUUAGGCAGUGCCAGAUCCUCCACCAUGGUGCCCUCCUUUAUCCCAUGCCGCCCCCUUUAGAAUUGCUUUGGUCAGCUGUGUGUUGAAUCACGGUAAUAACUAAAGCUUUCGUUGCACUGAAAAAGUGUUCUUUCAUUCUCUGGAUUCAUUGAGCUGAGAUGCACACUCUAUGCAUUUGAGCAACCAUAUAAUCUUACUAAGCCAAGAUAUGCACAAGCCUUUUACAUAUACAAGCAGUUCCUUCCCUCGUUCCUGAGCUAUGAUUAAAGCAGGCCAGCUCUAAUUAACCGUGGUUUCCAAUUUGAAUGGGAAACUAGAGCUACCUGCUUCUGAAUAAGCCAGGGUAUUAAACCAUAUACUGAAGUGGGUUUGAUAACCCGCCUUGUUUCAAGGCAGGUAACUGAAGUUUCAAUGAGACGGGAAGCUAUGGUUAAUCGGAGCUUUCCUGGUUUAAUUGUGGCUCAGGCAGACAGGUUUCAUGUGCAAGCAGAAGGCUUGGAGCUGUGAUCAUCUGAGCUAGACCAGUCCUUCAGAGGAGCCAGCAGAGAUCGCUCCAGGAUCAUUCCUCCUUGUAUCAAAUAGGAAGGAAAGCAAGCUUGAAAAUUGUCUUCCAAUCUGUAUCCAAAGCCAGCAGGUAUUUUGCAAAGUCAGAGUCUUAGGGCUUUCCUUCUGCAGUUAGCCAGGAUAUGGACUGAAGGCACGUAAUGCAGUUAACUUUUUGAAGCUAAGUAAAUAAUAAUAAAAAAUAGGUCUGGGUCUUGUCCAUGGUGUGGAUAAACAACCACUUGGAUACUUCAUGUAUGUCACAUUUUGCUCUUGGAAGGAAAAGUGGGAUACCUAAAUAACACCAAGAGCCAAAGGCAAUAGAUGUGCUUAGUGCUCAGUUGAAAUCAGGGUGCCUGUAUCCUUGGCAUGUUGUUUUGCCGUUGUGCAUGUGCCUUUCAAGGGGUACAGGCAUACAAGCAGCUCCCAUUGUGCUGUGCCACAUUGCUGUGACUAAGAACAGCAGCUAUGUAGAAAUGGAAAAGGGUUCAGUAGUAAUGGAAGAGCGGGGGGCGGGGGUUGGUUAGGCAGGUUUUUUUUUUACACUGUCAUAUCUUCAUGAUUGGUCUUAAGCAAGCACUGAAUUGGAUUGUUUCAUGCUGAAAGCAAUACAGUAUGUUGGAAACUCCGCUGAAUAGCAAAAAUUAUUCUCACUCCACAGAGUAUAAUAUAUUUUCUUGACUGCUUGUUGUGGUGGUGGGGACACUAUUUCAAUUAACAAUACAGCAUACAGUUAACGAGUGCUCAGUUCAGUUGGAGGUGAAUUCAUGUCGUAUGUAAACAUAUCCCUAGGAUGGCGUAGUUGAUAGAACAUGAGACUCUUAAUUCCUGUCUUGUGGGUUCGAGCCCCACGCUGGGCAAAAAAGAUUCCUGCAUUGCAGGGGGUUGGACUAGAUGAUCCUUGUGGUUCCUUCCAACUACAGUUCUCCUACGACAUAAAGAUUUGCAGCGCAUGGCAGAGCUAUAGUUGUAGCGCUGAUGGCUGCAUUAACUGUUGUCACCACAUUUCAAAAUAGCGGGGCUAUACCAGUGUGGACAGUUAGACUGAAUUGCCCUUAGAGAGGCAGAUGGCCGUAGUGGAUAGAGUUUUGGAUAGAAACUGUGGAGGUCUGGGCCCAAAUCGCUUUUCAGCUAUGAAACUCACUAGGUGACCUUGGGACAGUCACACACACACAAACUUUCUGCUGCACCUACCUCACAGGGUUCUUGUGAUAAUUUUGGGCAGCAGGUGUCAUGCUUGUAGCUUUGAGUUCCUUGAAGAGAGGACACGGAAGGAGUAAAUAAGAAAAAUAAGCAAUUACUUCUGCAGGACAGGGAAGGGUGAGUUCCUUCCCUGGCAUAAGAUUAUUUCAUUUUAACCUUUUCAAUAGAGGUUUCUGUUAAUUCAACUAUUUUUUGCAACGAAACAUGGUUUAAAUUCAUGUAACUUAUAAAGAACGUUUAUGUGUACUUCAGAAAAGGAAUAUGACAACUGGCUGUUUUAACACUUUAUUUUCUUACUCGAAACAAGUCCAGGUUCUGCCAUAACGUGCUCCAGGAGGCCUAAUCAUAGAGCCUGAAGACUUCUGGCUGGAAACUUUGGCCAUCUGUUCACUGUAGCUCUGACUGCAUGAGCGCUGUGUAGUUGACUAUGUGUCCUAUAAUAUCUCUUGAGUAGACGUCACAAUACAAUAUCAGAAUUUUCUGGUUUUUGUUAAAGCAACUUCCUUAUACAGCAUGUACUUGUAAGCAUCAAAGCCAGAAACUGGCUGGCCACAGUAGUGAAUGGGGGAAAGAAAGAAAAGUUGAGGUUGAAUAUCUGAAAAGGUUUCAAUCAAGCCAACCCUGUUUGAUGAAUAGUCGAGUCCAUUUCGGCUUUUAAUAUUUCUUAGCCCUUUUGCGUUACCAAGGGCAUUUCAGUCUUUGUCCCCAAUCCAGCUCUAGUCAAUCUAGUGACUGUACAUAAGGAUGGGUAUUCCUAUUUGAAUAAGGAUGUCCGGAUGGUUCAAUGGAUCCCAGAUCAUAAUUGCAGUGCGAAUGGCCAAAUGGCCAGAGGUCUUCACAAGGAUGCAAAUCAAUUACGUUGCUGGAUCCAGGCAUCCACAACGCAUCUUAUAACAGACCUGUGUAAGGGCUGGUUAUUCCUUUGCUCUUCCAGGGCCUACAGCAAAUGAGUAAAACAUAACACAAGAUGGAUUAUAUAGAAACUUCAUGACAGAGCCCAUCAUUUUUUAAAUGCCUACAAGCAGCUUUACCUGCUCAUUCUUGUGAGCCAGAUGUAUUCUCGCAACCCGUUUGCAGCUGUAGGAGAGUCUGUCCUGCGACCAAAGAAAUUACCGUAAUAAGGGCCCUCAGUAUGUGAGGAGGACAGGUGUACUAAAGAGGGACAGAAGAAAAAGCUUCCUGGUUUGGUGUUCCUUUUGUUUAGAAAAAUAUACAGCGGCACAAAUAAAAUUUGCUGGAACAUCCUCUA